AUGGCAACAUUAUCAAGAUCACCGUUCAUGGAUCUGCCGACUGAACUUCAUGCACAUGUCGCAUCAUUCUUAUCAUACCCGGACGCAUUAGCACUGAAACAUACAAACACAUACUUCUAUUCUCUUGUUCAAACUGGUCUCGUCCUUAAAGUCAAUUGGAUUCUUGAGCGUUGCCGGCUCAACCUUCGAAUCCCAUUUACGAGUUGUGAGUUUCGCACAGAUCAGACGUUUUGCAAUUCAGAAAUUCGAGAAAUCAUGGAGAUACGACGGCGGCAUCAGGAAUGCAAACCUGGGGCAAGGGGUUGCGUAGUUGUGGAGGGUUCGAACUGUGGCGGACGAACCGCUUUCUGGCUGUUACGGCGUCGUGGACUAUUUCGUUGGCAACGAAAGCGACUUGAGCUCGAUUUUUUCGGUGAGAUUCCUGCGUUUGCGUUUUUUACUAAGAAUUGA